CUAUUUGUUUGGUUCGAGUGGUCAGUCCGUCAACAUGGCGGACUGGGCUGUGUCCGUGCUGCAUGCGAAUGUGCCUUACAACCUGACGUAUAACGGGACUUUUAAUAUGACGACCAACAAGUCGGACGUAAUUCCGGACGAUCGGACGUUUCUUGUAUGGAGGAGCAUUGGGAUGGGAGUUGUCAUGUAUGCCGCCGUUCUUCUGACCAUCUGUGGAAACAUCCUCGUUCUCAUCGCUGUUGCUAGGAACAAACGUCUCCAGACCGUCUUCAAUAUUUACGUCAUCAAUUUAGCCGUGACGGACUUACUAGUGGCCGUCACAGCUAUGAGUUUCUACACCACGGAGACAGUGUUAGGCUACUGGCCUUUUGGUGAGUUCCUGUGUGGAGUUUGGAUUUUUGUAGAUUACGGAAUGACGUUUGCGUCAGUAUUCACACUCAUAGCGAUCUCAGUGGACAGAUUCUGGUCCGUCACAUGGAGUCUUCAUUACCGAGCACACCACAACAAGAUCAAAGCUGUGCGCCUCAUCGUAGCAGUAUGGGUAUCAACUCUGCUGUUGUGGCUACCAGCCUGUAUAAUGGACAGAAUCAAUAACUCCGUCCCUAACAAGUGCGUGUGGGAACCGUCCAAAAACAAAGAAUUUGUCGUCGUCAUAGCGACAAUCGGCCAUCAUGGAGCGUUUACCGUCAUGGUUGUCUGUUAUGUGAAAGUGUUCUUCACGCUUGUACAGCGCCAAAAAGUGGGCCUUGGCCAUACACGACUCUCCGAUAGAUCACCUACAGUAGGGUCUCCCACCAACAUCCGGUGUGCCAGGCCUGGUCAUGACAGUCCGGCGGAAGUGUCGGUUGAGAGUCACGUUAUUCAUGUCGACACUUCAAGUGACGCUUCCCGCGACACGCACACUGCCAAGCAGGACACGUCACAUACACCGUCCAUGUACACCAAGAAAACGGAACCGGAGAAUGGAAACAAGUGCUACGGUAUUCGUCUGGAACCAAUUUGUAGUCCAGUAGUGAAUUCCGCGACCCAAACGGACGGUGAUAAUGAUUGCUUACAAAGACAAACUCAGCCAGACCAAACGACGAACAAAAGACAGAGAAGCUUCAUCAAUAGGCAAAGUAAAAAACGGAAACAGAGAAAAGAGGAAGCUAAAUAUGAGAGACACGAGAGGCGGGUGUUUACUACGCUCACUUAUAUCCUGGCGGGGUAUAUCAUAUGCUGGCUUCCUUUUCAUAUUGUGUUCGACGUCCGGGCCGCCAAACCGGAAGCAGUGUCAUCAAUUGUUUAUAAUUUGGCGUUUUGGUUGUCAUAUCUGAACUCUAUGAUAAAUCCGUUUUUAUACAACUUCAGUAGUUCUGAUUUCCGAACGGCAUUCAAACAGUUAUUAUGUAAGGGCAAACCUACUACCAGCAUUAAGUAACAACACAACAUACGUCAGCCAUCAUCCCCGGGGGGUCGUAAAGCUAUAUAUCCCGACUCGUGCUAACGAAAUCUAUCAUAAAUAUGCGAAUGGGGUUAUCGUCUUGGUUCUGUGUGAUUAUUUAUGCUGCUGUUUGUGUUGAUAAACAGCUUGCUGUGCUUGUGAACAUGGGUGGUGAUUGUGAAGCCUUCUUUUACCCACAGACUAACCAUGGCCGAGUUCCACUUCACCAUUCAUACGUCGAUCACAUGUAAUGUCAUGUGACA